AUGACGCGAUUCAACUCCUUUCUUGACUGCCUGGAUAUCCUGCCCCAUCCAAAGGUGGGAUCGCUUCGGCUUCUUGGGUGUGACAAUAACAAGGAGCAGCUGGAGAGUGCCAAGCUAAACGUGGAGGCUUUUCGCUUGAGGUCUCCAAGACUCAUGAAGGCGGAGGAAGGACUGGACGAUGGCGGUCUGCCUUGUCCCCUCUCGCUGACGCACUCUGACUUCUCGCCGGUGCUGCGUGCCCUGCCUCCUCAAUCUGUAGUGUUGACGAAUGCGCCAUACGGCGUGCGGAGCUUGCGGGGAGAUAAGCGACAAAGGACGAUGAGGCGGCUCGAGAAGGAGAUCGCAUCCAACCCAAACAUCCGCUCUGCCUACCUCAUUGCCCAGAUUCCUAUACAAGCUACAUUGAGCACUCUCCCAGCAGUGCCGUCUAGCAACGUGGCGAGUUCAGCGGCGGGAGGAGCCCUUCUUGCGGGAGCUGGCUGCUUUCGCAGCCUUCGUAGAGAUCCUGUGCAGUGUCAGUGGCGCUAG